AAUACGCACUUCCUGAUUUACGCGAAUUUCUUCCAUGGAAUUUUUCGUCUGGUUAAUUUAUGACUGGACAUUUUAGAAAGAAAAAAUAACACACAAACGUGUCAGUUGUUUAUAUUACAACCAGAGAAGCUCUGAUAUGAAUUUACUAUAAGAAGUUAGGCUCUGAAGCUGUCGGGCGUCUAUGAAGGUCAGUGUGUGCGGACUGUAAAUUUAUAAAGGAGAAAUGAACAGGUGGUUGAGCCGGGUCGUCGGGUUCAGCAUGUGCGCAUCCGCUAAGUACAGCUCGCGGGGCCCGGCUCUCAUUCCUCGGAUGAAGACCAAGCAUCGCAUCUACUACAUCGCCCUGUUCUCGGUGGUGCUGCUGGGGCUCAUCGCCACGGGCAUGUUCCAGUUCUGGCCCCACUCCAUAGAGUCCACGGCCGACUGGAGCUUGGACAAGCGCAGCGUGCACGACGCGCCCCUGGUGCGGCUGCCCUUCUCCAGCCCCAUACCCGAGCGGGGGGACCUCAGCUGCCGCAUGCACACCUGCUUCGACGUGUACCGCUGCGGCUACAACCCGAAGAACCGCAUCAAGGUGUACAUCUACCCCCUGCAGCGCUACGUGGACGAGGCGGGCGUGGCCAUCAGCAGCACGGGCCUGUCGCGGGAGUACAACGACCUGCUGAGCGCCAUCUCCGACAGCGACUUCUACACCGACGACGUCACGCGCGCCUGCCUCCUCGUCCCCUCCAUCGACGUGCUGAACCAGAACUCGCUGCGUAUCCGGGAGACCGCGCAGGCCCUGGCCUUGCUGCCCAGAUGGGACAGAGGGAUGAAUCACCUCUUGUUUAACCUGCUUCCUGGUGGUCCCCCAGACUACAACACAGCCCUGGAUGUGCCCAGAGACAGAGCUCUGCUGGCCGGUGGGGGCUUCUCCACAUGGACGUACCGGCAGGGGUAUGACGUCAGCAUCCCCGUCUACAGCCCCCUGUCUGCAGAGGUGGAGCUGCCCGAGAGACAGCCAGGGCCGCGGCGCUACUUCCUGCUGUCGGCGCAGACGGCGAUCCACCGGGAGUACCGGGCGGAGCUGGAGCAGCUGAAGGCGGAGAACGGGGAGGCGGCGCUGCUGCUGGACAGGUGCAGCAACCUGUCGCAGGGCGUGGCCUCCGCCCGCAAGCGCUGCCACAAAGGCCAGGUGUUCGACUACCCCCAGGUCCUGCAGGAGUCCUCGUUCUGUGUGGUGCUGCGGGGGGCCAGGCUGGGUCAGGCGGCGCUCAGUGAUGUCAUGCAGGCUGGCUGUGUCCCUGUCAUUGUGGCCGACUCCUACAUCCUGCCCUUCUCAGAAGUGCUGGACUGGAAACGGGCAUCGGUGGUGAUCCCUGAGGACAAGCUGCCGGAGAUGUACUCCAUCCUGAAGAGCAUCCCUCAGAGACAGGUGGAGGAGAUGCAGAGACAGGCCCACUGGUUCUGGGAGGCCUACUUCAGCUCCAUGAAGGCCAUCGGCAUGACGACCCUGCAGAUCAUCAACGACCGCAUCUACCCCUACGCCGCCCGCACCUACGAGCAGUGGAACAACCCCCCCGUGGUGAAGUGGUCCAGUGUGAACAGCCCGCUGUUCCUGCCGCUCAUCCCGCCGCGGUCCCCGGGCUUCACCGCCGUGGUCCUGACCUACGACCGCGUGGAGAGCCUGUUCCGCGUCAUCACCGAGAUCUCCAAGGUGCCCAGCCUGGCCAAGCUGCUGGUGGUGUGGAACAACCAGAACAAGAGCCCGCCCGAAGAGUCGCUCUGGCCGAAGAUCGCCGUGCCGCUGAAGGUGGUGCGCACCAAGGAGAACAAGCUGAGCAACCGCUUCUUCCCCUACGACGAGAUCGAGACGGAGGCCGUGCUGGCCAUCGACGACGACAUCAUCAUGCUCACCUCCGACGAGCUGCAGUUCGGCUACGAGGUGUGGCGGGAGUUCCCUGACAGGCUGGUGGGGUACCCGGGCCGGCUGCACCUGUGGGACCACGAGAUGGGCAAGUGGAAGUACGAGUCCGAGUGGACCAACGAGGUCUCCAUGGUGCUGACCGGAGCGGCCUUCUACCACAAGUACUUUAACUAUCUGUACACCUACAAGAUGCCUGGGGACAUCAAGAACUGGGUGGACAACCACAUGAACUGUGAGGACAUUGCCAUGAACUUCCUGGUGGCCAACAUCACUGGCAAGGCCCCCAUCAAGGUGACCCCUCGGAAGAAGUUCAAGUGUCCCGAGUGCACGGCCAUCGACGGGCUGUCCCUGGACCAGACGCACAUGGUGGAGAGGUCGGAGUGCAUCAACAAGUUUGCCUCCGUUUUCGGGACCAUGCCCCUCAAGGUGGUGGAGCACCGCGCCGACCCCGUCCUGUACAAGGACGACUUCCCCGAAAAACUCAAGAGCUUCCCCAACAUUGGGAGCCUGUGAUAACAGCCCCCCCCCCCCAAAAAAAAACGGACACGUUCCAGACUUUUUUUCAUUUCAGAUCAGACAAUCCCCUGCCGUUCCACAACUUUACCCUUUCAUUUCCUUUCGCUCGGUACUCUUUCACAGAGAGAGGGGGAUGGACUGUCUUCUGCUGCUCCUGAGACAGAGAGGGGGGGAGGGAGAGAGUAGAGAGAGACAGAGAAAGAAGAGAGAGGGAGAGAGAUAUAGGGAGAGGGAGAAGGAGAGAGAGGAAAGGAGAGAUUGUCGGAGUGAGAAGAGGGGUAGAGGUAGAGAGAAAAAGAGUUGGGGAAAGGGAGAAGUGUAAGUAUUUGACUUUGUUGGGUUCCAGAGGAAGCGGAAUGGGGACUCAGAUGUGGGGACUGCUGCUCCUCUGUCCUAGUGGACCCCAGUGUGUACCCACAUAACCUGCAGAUCAUGAAACAGUGUGCUUUUAAUGAGGACAUCUGCCCCCCCACGACCGGGGGUACCCCUUACCACCAAGUCCCAGUGCCGCAGGACCAGGAGUACCCCUUACCACCAAGUCCCAGUGCCGCAGGACCAGGGGUACCCCUUACCACCAAGUUCCAGUGCCCCAGGACCAGGGGUACCCCUUACCACCAAGUCCUAGUGCCCCUGGACCAGGGGUACCCCUUACCACCAAGUUCCAGUGCCCCAGGACCAGGGGUACCCCUUACCACCAAGUUCCAGUGCCCCUGGAUCGGGGUACCCCUUACUGCAAAGUCAGAGAGCACCGCGGCCAGGGGGUACCCCUUACUGCUAGUCCCAGUGCCCCUGGACUGGGGGUACCCCUUACCGCCAAGUCACUGCCACACCCGCUCACCACAGCAGCUGUACUGAGAUCAGCGUCCCCACCUGGGCGCUUCUGCAGCUCUGUCCAUCUAAGCGCAGAGCGGACUGCGGUGGACACAUCCGGCCCGGACAGCGCUCCGCAUGGCCACGCCUAACGCCCCCUGCUGAAGAGUCCGGUCCCCGUCAGGAAAAAUCUGCUGUGCGAUCCGUUCGUUACUGUAUAUAACGUAUAAAUAACGAGUUCUAGGACAAGAGGUUUGGCGAAACUGACUUGAAAGACAAUGCUGUUUACGCCAGUCUCUCUCUCAUUGCUGGCAUUAUUCACUUACUGCUUGUCUCAGACUGUUUAAAUAAUUCUGUGGCUUGUUCAGACGCGAUAACCAGUGGCAGGCUAGUUCGGGACGUUGUGUACUUGUACAUUUCCUGUGACACAUUUCAGAGUGGCUGCCUCACAAAUAUUAACUCGCUUUUUUUCCUGGUGGGAUUUAGGCAGCUUGUGUCCUGAAACACUGCCUAUCGGAAGGACUGUUGGCAGGAAAAUAAAGAGAAGUAAACAGUCCUAAUGGCAGAAGUGCAUUCCGUCCCACCAAUCAGCUUAGAGAAAGAGAGGUCAAAGGGCAUACAAGAACAAAUGAGGAAGUCAAGGCACAGCUACUGAACGAACCCCCAUAAUUCUCCACAGGUGGUAAGAAUGGAAAUUUGAUGAGCAGAUUCAUCACAGCGAGGUCAGAACUGUUAUUUAAUGCCGCCCGUUUCAUUGGAACAGGACAGUUGAGAGGUCGUUGCUGUCUGGCCUCGUUGAUACAGGAAGUUGCCAGAGCUUCGUCCUGUUGUCACCGUGGAAACAGGUAAACGGUUGCACCUCUGUCCUGUGAGGUUCUUUGCGCGAGCACAGCUGAACGGUCUGGUGCUGGAGCCGUCUUUGCGAAAAGCCCCCCAGCCAAUCACAGAACGGUCACUGCACAGUUAGCCCAGGGUCUUCCAUGCAGGUUUAGCACCGAGUUUCAAACAAACACUUCAGAUGUAUUAAAAUUAGUUUUAUUUAAUGUUGUUUUUAAAUGUUAUUUUAAUGUCAGUUUUUUUUUUCUACUCCCAACUGUAUUGCAGUUAAUUAAAUAUGUGUGUCAAAAUGUU